AUGCCAGCACUCUGUUAUUCAGAAGAUACCAAACUUAAUGAUGCCCUCCGUGCUCAAGGAAUCAUCCCACCUCUUCCUAAAGCUGAAUCUCCACCUGAUAGCCCAAUUUGUUCAAAUCAUGAUGAUGCAAAGGAUAGGCUGGGAUUACUUCUCGACAACGCUUUCACAACUGAUGCAUUGGUCAAAUUAGAGCUAGACAAUCUAGAUUUGGAGGAUGAAUUACCGACUGAUAUUAUUGAAGCUUGGAGAGAGUCAAGAUUAGAAGCACUUAGUGGGGCAAAUGCAGUGCGACGAGAAGCAAGUCAAGUUUUGUUUGCCACAGUCUCAACACCUUAUCGCUCAACUGGGGCGAUUAUCUUUCCUAUAUCCGACAACACAUUGUUUAUGAUAGCCGGUAGAUCUUCUUUCGAUGAUUACCCGGACGCCAAUCAGCCAACUCUCUUAUGCUACCGUGGAGGACGGUGCGUACAGUUGGCGAAUAAAGAUAUACAUUUAGCUAUGACCUUGGGGUACAUCACCGAUCGAAUGACUGCUGCGAUCCUUACCUUACCCGAAUCCACAUGGCCGCUGCAGAAAAAGACUCGCGCGGUUCGGGCGUUUCACAAGAUUGGUUGGAUCCAUAACGAUCUCUUGGCUAGGCAUCAUACGGAAGAAGCUUACGCGGGUAGCACAUUUAGCAGCCCGCGCUGUUCAUCUCCUGCGGUUUUCGCAGCACCUGAACACAGCACUCCACCGACGAAUCCCAUUGUUUCAGGUUCAGGCUGCUGUCCUAUGCAGGAAGAUAGCCUUGAAGCCGAACCUCCGAUUCCAGUUGCUAAUGGGACCAUAGGAAGCUGCUUUUCAAACUACCGCGCGGACUCUGGCUGGAAUAGCGAUGUCCUAUCUGGACACUCAAACUACCCUAAUCCAUGCGAACCUCCGACUGCCAGGCUGAUGGACAGUGAUUCGCACUCCCCACAGUACAGUGGCCUUGGGUUUGAACGAACUUAUUCAGGCAAUGAAACCGACCACCUUCAAAUGCAUUCAAAGGGUGAUUACUCGACCUGA